AUGAAUUGCCUUUUCUUUAAAUCCCCCAAUUCCAAUCACUCUCACUUCCCUCAAUAUUCCCAUAACCGUCCUUUACGCCUUGCGGACAUUCUCGCCAACGACGCCGCCGUUAACCCCAUGGACGGCGUUCAUAAAAAACCGCCAUAUUUUUCUCAUCGUUCGAUCAAAUGCUUUUCGCCUCGGCGGCUUCUUGCUUCUUUUCUGGCGGCGCUGAGGCCAACUAAAGAACGACGGAUUCUGAAAGGCCGAGAGAAGAUGCCGUCCACUCCGAUAACGAUUGAAUUGAAAGGCAACGAAGAGGAAUCAAGACAGUUAGAUUGGAAUGAUACAUCUUUUAAGCUAGGAGUUGGUUGUGGGUUGCUAUAUGUGAUUGCAGCAACUAAAAACGAGCUUAGCAAGAUGGUUGAGUUGCGGAAAGAAAUGGGAAUAAUCCUUCAAAACAUGAAAGGUGAACUUCAAAGUGAAGAUGCAAUUCUUAACCGAUUGAAACAAUGUGAUGAUGCUCUUGCAGAAGUUUCCGUCACUGAUUUUCAACAAGUUUCCUGCUCUAAUAGUCACCUUUCAGUUGGUUCAGAAAAAUCGGAUGGUCGGGCAGAGAUGAAAAGCAACACGGGCUGUGAUGGUUUUCUAGACUAUGAUAUUUGUGAACAAGGUGAAUGUGCAGAAGAAAUUAAUGAGCUUCAGGCGGAAUUUGAAUAUGAGUUACAACGGUUGCAGCUGUAUUUGGAUGGAGAAGAUGCACAACAAGAAAGAGUUGAGGUUGUUGUUAAAGACUCUAGUUCAAAAAGCGAGAGUUCAGGUUUUGGUGAAAUAAUAAUGGAACAUCAAGAAGCAAGUUGUGAUAUUUCAGUUGGAGUCCCUCCGGUUGAAUUGGAGAGAAGGUUGCAUGAACUACUUGAGGCAAGGCUUCAAGAACGGAUAAUAGAGUUGGAGUCUGCCUUAGAAUAUGCCACACAAGAGCUCAAUGAGAAAGAGAUUAGGAGUAUUUGGUGGGAAGACACGGCAAGACAUAUCCCGUACCAUGUUCCUGAAACUUGUCUAUUUACUUUUCCACUCGAUGCCGAGGCUGCUUUGAAGUUUAAAGAAGUUGUAUGA